AUAAAGAAGCAGCGGAGCCGGUACUCUGAAAGGUCUUACAUCAGGUUUGAAGAUGUGAUUUAGUUCGUAUUUUUCUUUUAUAUCAGCUAUGUUGUCACAAUUGUUAAGCAUCGCAGGCAGAUUGUUUAUUCACGGUGUCACGGAACUGGAUUGUGUAAAAUUCUUCUCGUCAGAUCUCCAUUUUAAAAAGACACAGCUAUGAGUGGGAGAAGGAAAGCGAAACCAAACCGAGGCGGGGGACGGUUCAACAAACCAAGAGGAGGAGGAGGAGGAGGAAGAGGAAAAAGUGGAGGAGGCGGAGGCGGAGCCAGGAAGGCAGCAGACAACUCCUGGGAUGAUGGAGAUGAUUUCAGCCUGUUUUGCGGACCUAGUCGUCCACCCAGACCAGGUGGCAGAGGCAGAGGCAGAGGUGCGGUAGGUGGCAGUAGCAGUAGCAGAGGGAGGCCUAAAACAGACUCUGGAGCCAGGCCAAGGCCCAGACCUGAAGAGAACGGCAGGCCUCGUCCAAAAACAGAACUUCCACGAAUGCCGAUGCAGAAGAUACACAUGACCUCUGAGAAUCAGGCCAGCGUUAAAGAACUGCUACGGGAACUGCAGACUCAAGAUUUUGAAGAACCUGACGAAAACUGUGAAGAGUACUCAGGUUCUGAACCCGAAGAGGAGGAGUAUGAUGAGCUUGAUUACCGUGAUGAUGGUCAGUUCUGGUGUACUAACGAUGACCCGGUAGAAGUCUCUGAUAGCGCAGUGUUUGAGCCUGAUUCAGAGGAGGAACGAGAGGUUUGCGAGAUCCCCAUCUCGUAUGUUGCCAUUGGAAAGCUUAGCAGAUAUGGUUUUGAUAAGGAACGUUGCAAAUUGGCAUUACAGUCAUGUAACAGAGAAGUUGGAGUUUCUUUGGAGUAUUUGCUUCAGCAGUGCUUUAAAGAAAAGUAUGGAAAGCGUGCCAGGUCCAUAGCCACAUGUCGUGACAUUACCAUGGAGGACUGCCUGGUGCAACGGCAGGAGGAAGCUUUUGCCCUGUCUUCCAUAUAUGGGGACAGGUUCACCGAGAGAAUCCACAAUAGGGUCUGGACAGUCACGGUGGCGCUGGAGUUUUUAAUUGAGAAAAGCAACAAUCAUAAACAGGGAAGCGCCAACAAGGAAACCAGCCAGGUCUUGUUAAAAGAUGUAUGCCGGUUUUACCUGAAGGGGGCAGGGUGUCGGUUUGGGACAAAAUGUCGAUUUAAACAUCAGAUGCCUACAGAACCCUGCCCAAAUACAAAGAAACCUAUGGGACCAAGUCAAUCCAGCUUUGACAGCAACACGCCUCCUGUGUAUGAGCUAGAGAUCCGUUUCCCUGAGGGCAAUCGGUACCCUUUCCAAGCUCCUGUCGUGGCAUUUACUACCACUGAUGAGACUGUGCUAUUUCCAGGCCGUUUACACGUUUCUGAAUACCUCUACGGGGAGGCUCUAGUUGCUGCAGAGUUGGGUGAGCCUGUCGUGUUCACCUUGAUCACCUGUUUGGAAGAUGAAGCCAAAAUGAGUGAAUUGCUAGCUAACAACCACCACAAGUACAGCGUCCCCCCACCACCUCUGCCUGCUGUUGCUCCAGCUAAAAGCAAAAGUGUUAAAAGAGUUUCCCCUGUCCAGGAUGUCCCCAAGCAAUUGGAAGUGAAGAAAGCCGUGGAGUCUGAAGAAGAGGAGGAGGAGGAGGACCUGGAUGAUCCUCCAGCAGUCCCUGUUGAGAACGAGAGCUAUGUGAACUUCAAGAAAAAGUUCACCAAGAAGUACGAAUGGAAAGCAGAGAGUGUGCAGCAGGAAAACGCAAAGCUUUGUAGACAGUUCAGGAACAAGCAGUCUUCCAGGCGCUUUCUCUCGAUGUUGCAGGAAAGGCAGAAGCUCCCUGCAUGGCAAGAAAAAAAAAACAUCUUAGAAAUGUUGAGUCGAAGCCAGGUGUUGGUUGUGAGUGGGAUGACUGGGUGCGGUAAAACCACGCAGAUCCCACAGUUCAUCUUGGACGACACUCUGAAGGGGCCUGCAGGAAAGGUUGCGAACAUCAUCUGCACACAGCCGCGCCGGAUCUCUGCCAUCUCUGUAGCUGAACGAGUGGCCCAGGAGAGAGCAGAGAGACUGGGGACGACUGUGGGGUAUCAGAUCAGACUCGAGACUGUGAAGUCUUCUGCCACCAGGUUGCUGUACUGUACUACUGGAGUGUUGCUGAGGAGACUAGAGGGAGACACAGACCUGCAAGGUGUUACUCAUGUUAUUGUGGAUGAGGUCCACGAAAGAACAGAAGAAAGUGAUUUCUUAUUAUUGGUCCUGAAAGACAUAAUGAUCCAGAGGUCUGACCUGCGCAUUAUACUCAUGAGUGCUACGCUUAACGCUGAACUCUUUUCUCAAUACUUUUUUACCUGCCCCACUAUUAAUAUACCAGGUCGUACAUUCCCAGUUGAUCAAUUUUUCCUGGAAGAUGCCCUUGCAAAAACCAGAUAUGUUAUAGAAGAUGGAAGCCCGUAUAUGCGGUCUGGAAAGCAAGGCAACCAGACAAGCAAAGGGAAAAAUAACCGGAAUGCAGUGGAGCAAUUGGAGGAUGACAUGUGGUCAUUUAUGCACUUUCAAAAAGAUGAGUUUGUCAAAGACUCGAUUCCAGAUCAACAGCUAACAAUCCAGCAAAUGACAGUACGAUAUAAAGGGGUAAGCAAGUCCGUUCUUAAGACAAUGGCUGCCAUGGAUUUAGAGAAAAUUAACAUGGACUUAGUUGAGGCAGUGUUGGAGUGGAUAGUCGAUGGGGAUCACAGCUAUCCACCAGGUGCUGUUCUGGUAUUUAUGCCUGGUUUAGCAGAAAUUAAGAUGCUGUAUGAACAACUGCAGUCCAAUCGUCUGUUUAAUGGCAGGCGUAAUGCAAGGUGUGCCAUUUACCCGCUGCACUCGUCGCUGUCCAGCGAGGAACAACAAGCUGUGUUCAAUCGGCCUCCAGAGGGUGUGACAAAAAUCAUCAUUUCCACAAACAUCGCUGAAACGUCAGUCACCAUUGAUGACGUGGUGUACGUCAUUGAUUCAGGGAAGAUGAAAGAGAAGAGGUACGACGCCAGCAAGAGCAUGGAGAGCUUAGAGGACUCCUGGGUGUCACGAGCCAAUGCUUUACAGAGGAGAGGGAGAGCAGGGCGAGUUGCCUCUGGAGUCUGCUUUCAUCUCUUCACCAGUCACUGUUUCCGUCACCAGCUCACAGAGCAGCAGCUGCCUGAGAUUCAAAGGGUGCCAUUAGAGCAGCUAUGCCUUAGGAUCAAAAUUUUAGACAUGUUUGCCGACCAGCCUUUAGAGUUCGUUUUCUCCAGUCUGAUUGAGCCUCCAGCGGCUAACAGUGUGGAAGCUGCCAAACAGAGACUGCAAGACCUGGGAGCCUUGACGCCGGACGAGAAGCUCACUCCUCUGGGCUAUCACCUGGCCUCGCUGCCUGUGGACGUCCGGAUUGGGAAGCUAAUGCUGUUCGGUGCCAUCUUCCGCUGCCUAGACCCAGCUUUGACCAUCGCAGCCAGCUUAGCCUUCAAAUCGCCAUUCGUCUCUCCAUGGGAUAAGCGAGAGGAGGCCAAUAUGAAAAAGAUGGAGUUUGCCUUAGGCAACAGUGACCAUCUGGCUCUUCUGCAGGCGUACAAGGGAUGGAAAUCUGCUGCUAAGCAGGGUUCCCAAGCAGGUUUCAGAUACUGCAGGGAAAACUUCUUAUCUGGACGAGUUCUACAGGAAAUUGCCAGUCUAAAAAGACAGUUUGCAGAGCUGCUAUCUGAUAUUGGGUUUGUGAAAGACGGGCUUAAAGCCAGAGUCAUUGAAAGGAUGAGUAGCAAAGGAGAAGAUGGUAUAUUGGAAGCUACAGGUCACGAGGCUAACUCUAAUGCUGACAACAUCAAGCUCAUGUCAGCCAUGCUUUGUGCUGCCCUCUACCCAAAUGUGGUUCAGGUAAGGGCUCCGCAAGGUAAAUACCAGCUAACCAGCAAAGGAGCAGUGAAAAUGCAGCCCAAAGCAGAUGAACUGAAAUUCAUGACGAAGAAUGAUGGCAGUGUUCAUGUUCACCCAUCUUCUGUGAACUAUCCGGUCAGACACUUUGACAGUCCUUACCUGGUGUACCACGAGAAGGUGAAGACCAGCCGGGUUUUUAUCCGAGACUGCAGCAUGGUGUCUGUGUACCCACUGGUCCUGUUUGGAGGCGGACAAGUCAAAGUAGACUUGCAGAGAGGGGAGUUUGUUAUCUCCCUCGAUGACGGCUGGAUCUGCUUUGCAGCUACUUCACAUCAGGUUGCAGAACUGGUGAAAGAGCUUCGCUGGGAACUAGAUCAGCUUUUAGAAGAUAAAAUCAAGAAUCCCACAAUGGACUUAUGCAGUUGCCCCAGAGGGUCUAGGAUUAUUGACAUGAUUGUUAAACUUGUUACUACACAAUAGAAGCACAUCACUGCAUCCUGGUCAGUACUGACAGAUGCGAAGUGAAGGAAGAGUUAGCAGCAGUUUGAAGUUUGUCUCACUUUAAAAAAGUUGUGUAUCCUGUUUACUACUUUUUUACAUCUUUGUCACGGCCAGUGCCAUUGUACAUAAGACACUAAAUGGUGGCUUAGUUUGACUUGCUUGUGAAUAUUAAUAUGGGUAUACUACAUUUGCCAAUAUGCAAUAGUUAUAUAGUAUGUGCAAGUGAACUAUACUAUAAGAGAUCCAGUCUGGAUGAGACAUAAACUGAGUUCAGUUUAGAGGAAGAGACCAGUUCUCCCAAAUCCGUUCCAAGCAUGUAUGCACAAAAAUCCUUAAGCAAAGUUUUCAAUUAAGUACUUUUUUUAGGCCUUGGACAAAUCAGAAAAAUUCUUUGAGUACAUAUAAAGUGAUUUUCUUGUUCAAAGAAAUUGUGAGAAAUACAACAAUUUAAUUGAGAGAAUCAAAGUGUGUAUAUCCCAUGGUUAGAGUUAAUAAAAUAUAGAUGGAUCUGCUUCAAGAAAAAGAUUUGGUCUUUUCAGUUAUGUUUGCAUUCAGUGUAUGAGAGACGUGCAAUGCUCUUAUUUAUUUAUGUUUAUAAUUGAAAAUACUAGCUUAAAUUAAAAGGGCUCUUUAUGAGCAACACAUGGAAAAAUGUUUUACUGGUACUGCCAAAGACUGUUAAACAAAAAAAAUAUUAUUAUAAAGAUACUGUAUUCUAACCAGUAAUUACUGUUUGUUUCCUGUAAAGGUAUAUGAAAAGACCACCACUUUGAUGCAAUAAAAUGCCAAUUUCUUUA